AUGGGAUUUGAAGCAUUGGAUUGGUACUGCAAGCCAGUGAGAAAUGGGGUGUGGACUAAAGCAGUGGAAAAUGCAUUUGGUGCAUACACACCUUGUGCCACUGACACUCUGGUGGUCUCCCUUUCUUAUCUGGUUCUCAUCGCACUUUGCUCCUAUAGAAUCUGGCUUACCAAGAAAGAUUUCAAGCUCCGCAGAUUCUGUUUGAGGUCUAAAUGGUAUGCCUAUUUGCUGUCCCUGCUUGCUCUUUAUUCCACUGCUGAGCCCUUGUACAGAUUGGUCAUGGGUAUUUCGCUUCUCAAUUUAGAUGGACAGACAGGCCUUGCUCCAUUUGAGAUUGUUUCCUUGAUUAUUGAGGCUCUUGCUUGGUGCUCCAUGCUGGUCAUGAUUGGUGUAGAAAUUAAAGUCUACAUCCGUGAAUUUCGAUGGUUUGUUAGAUUUGGAGUCAUCUAUACUUUGGUGGGUGAUGCAGUGAUGCUCAAUCUUAUUCUUUCAGUGAAGGAGUUCUAUGACAACACUGUUCUGUAUUUAUACAUUAGCGAGGUCAUUGUUCAGGCUCCAAGUCCUAGGCUGGGUUUGUUUGGAAUACUACUGCUUGUGUAUGUUCCUGACUUGGAUCCUUACCCUGGUUACACUCCAAUGCAAACUGAAUCUGUUGAUGAUGCUGAAUAUGAAGAGCUACCUGGAGGAGAGUAUAUAUGUCCUGAGAGGCAUGUCAACUUAAUUUCCAAUCUAGUACAUGGUAAUUCAGGCAUGGGUGUGAAGGAAAUUGUUUUUGGAUGGAUGAGUCCCCUUAUGAAGCUAGGAUAUAGUAGACCCAUCACUGAGAAGGAUGUUUGGAAAUUAGAUUCGUGGGAUUGCACUGAAACCCUUAACAAUAGGUUCCAAAAAUGUUGGGCUGAGGAAUCAAGAAAACCAAAACCAUGGCUGUUGAGGGCAUUAAAUGGUAGCCUUGGAGGGAGUGGAUCUGUUGUCUUUGAUGAGUCAGUUAUCCUUGUUGGAAUCAGUUGUUUUGGUGGGGAGGCUUUUGGAAGGAAAGGGCAUAAACCUUCAGCAUUUGACAAUCUAAAGAUUGGCAAUGACGCUUCCCAAUUUGUCGGGCCACUUGUGCUGAACCAACUCCUACAGUCCAUGCAAGAAGGUGAUCCGGCUUGGAUUGGUUAUAUCUAUGCUUUCUCAAUUUUUGCUGGAGUGGUAUUUGGUGUGUUAUGUGAAGCUCAGUAUUUUCAGAAUGUCAUGCGUGUUGGUUUCCGCCUGAGAUCAACUUUGGUUGCUGCCGUGUUUCGAAAAUCUCUAAGGCUCACCCAUGAAGGUCGCCGGAAGUUUGCAUCUGGAAAAAUAACCAACUUGAUGACAACUGAUGCUGAAGCACUUCAGGAGGGUGAAGCACUUCAGCAAAUAUGUCAAUCACUUCACACUUUGUGGUCAGCUCCAUUCCGUAUUAUUAUCGCUAUGGUUCUCCUUUAUCAGCAGUUGAAUGUUGCUUCACUUCUUGGUGCACUAAUGCUAGUACUUCUGUUCCCCAUACAGACAUUUGUUAUAAGCAGAAUGCAAAAGUUAUCUAAGGAGGGUUUGCAGCGUACAGACAAGAGAAUUGGCCUCAUGAAUGAAAUUUUGGCUGCAAUGGAUACUGUGAAAUGUUAUGCAUGGGAAAGUAGCUUCCAGGCUAAAGUUCAAGGUGUUCGGGAUGAAGAAUUAUCAUGGUUCCGAAAAGCAUCACUGCUAGGAGCGUGUAAUGCUUUUAUACUAAACAGCAUUCCAGUAGCGGUGACUGUGAUUUCGUUUGGUAUGUUCACUUUGCUUGGUGGAGAUCUGACUCCUGCAAGGGCAUUUACUUCUCUAUCUCUGUUUGCUGUGCUUCGCUUUCCUCUCUUCAUGCUUCCUAAUAUAAUUACUCAGGUCUGGUCUUCCUUCUUUACUGUAUCUCUUAUCCUUCUGCUUACUGCUGAGGUAGUAAAUGCAAACGUGUCCUUAAAGCGUUUGGAGGAGCUAUUUUCAGCUGAAGAGAGAAUCCUUCUUCCAAACCCUCCUCUUGAUCCUGGCUUACCUGCCAUUUCCAUCAAGAAUGGAUACUUUUCUUGGGAUUCUGAGGCAGAGAGACCCACAUUGUCAAACAUCAAUUUGGAUGUACCGAUUGGUAGCCUAGUUGCAAUUGUUGGCAGUACUGGAGAGGGGAAGACCUCACUUGUUUCAGCAAUGUUGGGGGAGCUUCCUGCACUGUCAGAUGCCAGUGUUGUUAUUAGAGGAACGGUGGCUUAUGUUCCACAAGUUUCCUGGAUUUUUAAUGGAACAGUGCGGGAUAACAUACUCUUUGGAUCUCCAUUUGAUUCAGCAAGAUAUGAGAAGGCAAUAGAUGUGACUGCAUUACAGCAUGACCUUGAUUUACUGCCUGGUGGUGAUCUCACCGAGAUUGGUGAAAGAGGGGUGAAUAUCAGUGGUGGGCAAAAGCAAAGAGUUUCCAUGGCUCGGGCUGUAUAUUCCAAUUCAGAUUUAUAUAUUUUUGAUGAUCCCUUAAGUGCUCUAGAUGCCCAUGUAGGUCGACAGAUUCAAGACUGGGUCUUUGAUAUCCAUGCAGGAUCAAAUGGUAGGAUAGGUAUGGUGAAAGAGGAGGGCACCUUUGAGGACCUCUCUAAUAAUGGAAUUUUGUUCCAGAAGCUGAUGGAAAAUGCAGGGAAAAUGGAAGAGUAUGUAGAAGAACAGGAAAACAAUGAUAUUGUUGAUCAUAAAACCUCUUCAAAACAUGUUUCUAAUGGGGUGAUUGACAACUUGCCGAAGAAUGUAAGUGGUGCAAAGAAACCAAAAGAAGGCAAAUCUGUUCUUAUCAAGCAAGAAGAACGGGAAACAGGUGUUGUCAGUUCUAAAGUUCUGAUAAGGUACAAGAAUGCAUUAGGAGGAGCAUGGGUGGUGAUGAUACUCUUCAUGUGCUAUGUCACGACAGAAGUAUUUAGAGUUUCAAGUAGUACAUGGUUGAGCAAUUGGACAGAUCAAGGCACUGCAAAGAGACAUGGGCCUAUUUACUAUAAUAUGAUUUAUUUGCUUCUAUCAGUUGGUCAGGUGUUGGUGACAUUAUUAAAUUCAUAUUGGUUGAUUAUAUCAAGUUUAUAUGCCGCCAAGAGACUGCAUGAUGCAAUGCUUAAUUCCAUACUAAGAGCUCCUAUGGUCUUCUUUCACACCAAUCCACUAGGACGCAUUAUCAAUAGGUUUGCCAAGGAUCUAGGUGACAUUGAUCGGAAUGUUGCCAUAUUUGUAAAUAUGUUCUUGGGCCAAGUAUCACAGCUUCUUUCUACAUUUUUCCUCAUUGGAAUUGUGAGCACCAUGUCUUUGUGGGCCAUUAUGCCACUUUUGGUUUUGUUUUAUGGAGCAUACCUUUAUUAUCAGCAUUCUGAUCUCGAAAUUUCAUCAUUUAUCGUCAUGGACAAUCUUGAGAGCACAGCCCGUGAAGUAAAGAGACUGGAUUCUAUAACUAGAUCACCUGUUUAUGCACAAUUUGGAGAAGCUCUGAAUGGUUUGUCAACUAUUCGUGCAUACAAAGCUUAUGAUCGGAUGGCCAACAUCAAUGGAAAAUCUAUGGACAACAAUGUCAGAUACACCCUUGUUAACAUGAGUGCAAACCGCUGGCUGGCAAUCCGGUUGGAAACAUUAGGGGGCCUUAUGAUUUGGUUUACGGCGACCUUUGCAGUUAUGCAAAAUGGAAGGGCGGAUAACCAGCAGGCAUUUGCAUCUACAAUGGGUCUACUUCUCAGUUAUGCUUUAAACAUCACAAGUUUAUUGACUGGUGUAUUGAGACUUGCAAGUUUGGCUGAGAAUAGCUUAAAUGCUGUGGAACGGGUUGGCACAUACAUAGAGUUGCCAUCUGAGGCUCCUUCUGUUAUUGAGAGCAAUCGGCCCCCUCCUGGAUGGCCUUCAUCAGGAGCGAUCAAGUUUGAAGACAUUGUCUUACGUUACAGGCCUGAACUUCCGCCAGUCCUACAUGGGUUGUCCUUCUAUAUUUCUCCUAGUGACAAGGUUGGGAUUGUUGGAAGGACUGGUGCUGGAAAGUCCAGCAUGCUUAAUGCUUUAUUUCGAAUUGUGGAGCUUGAAAGGGGAAGAAUCUUGAUUGAUGAUUGUGAUAUAGCAAAGUUUGGAUUGAUGGAUCUACGCAAAGUACUUGGUAUCAUACCACAAUCUCCAGUUCUCUUUUCAGGAACUGUGAGGUUUAAUCUUGAUCCUUUCAGUGAACACAACGAUGCUGAUCUUUGGGAGGCUUUGGAGAGGGCUCAUUUGAAGGAUGUUAUCCGAAGGAAUUCCUUAGGUUUGGAAUCUGAGGUUCAUUUGGUGAAACGGACUGUAAUCAUCCAUGCACUUCUAGUUAAAAACCAGCGCGAAGUGUGUGCUGUUACAGAGGCAGGGGAUAAUUUCAGUGUUGGCCAGAGACAGUUGUUAAGUCUUGCUAGGGCAUUGUUGCGAAGGUCAAAAAUACUUGUGCUUGAUGAAGCUACUGCAGCUGUUGAUGUCAGAACAGAUGCUCUUAUUCAGAAAACUAUUCGAGAAGAAUUCAGGUCAUGUACAAUGCUAAUUAUUGCACAUCGACUCAAUACCAUCAUUGAUAGUGAUCGGGUCCUUCUGCUUGAUUCUGGCCGGGUUCUGGAAUAUGAUACACCAGAGAAACUGCUUUUAAAUGAAGAUAGUGCAUUCUCCAAGAUGGUUCAGAGUACAGGGACUGCAAAUGCUCAGUACUUGCGCAGCUUGGUAAUGGGAGGGGAAGGAGAGAGUAGGUUGGGCAGAGAAGAGAAAAAACAGUUAGAUGGACAGAAGAGAUGGCUGGCCUCCUCUCGUUGGGCUGCUGCAGCACAGUUCGCCCUUGCUGUUAGCCUCACUUCAUCACAUAAUGACCUGCGACAGUUGGAAAUUGAGGAUGAAAACUCUAUCCUGGGGAAAACAAAGGAUGCAGUGAUAACUUUGCAGAGAGUGUUGGAAGGGAAGCAUGACAAAAUAAUUGACGAAUCACUGAAUCAAUACAAAAUAUCCAGAGAUGGAUGGUGGUCAGCUCUUUACAAAAUGGUUGAAGGUCUUGCCAUGAUGAGCAGACUAGGUCGGAACAGGCUUCACCAAUUGGACACUGGCUUUGAUGACAAAACAAUCGACUGGGACCAUGUUGAAAUGUAG